CUGGUUUCUGCAGAUUAUUGAGGCCUAGGACAGCACCCCCAACAAUUCAGAGACCUGACAAUGUCUCUAUAUUAUGGAAUUGCUUGUGGGAGAAAAUCUUUCUGGUGCUAUAGGCUGCUGUCAACCUAUGUCACUAAGACCCGGUAUUUAUUUGAACUGAAGGAAGAUGAUGAUGCAUGUAAAAAAGCCCAGCAGACAGGAGCAUUUUACCUCUUUCAUAACCUGGCUCCUUUGCUUCAGAAAUCAGAACAUCAGUACCUGCCCCCGCAGCAUAGCCUAUUAGAGUUGGAAAAGCUCCUGAGUAAGUUUGGACAGGAUACACAAAGAAUAGAAGAUUCUGUGCUGAUUGGAUGCUCCGAACAGCAUGAAGCAUGGUUUGCUCUGGAUCUAGGUCUAACUAGCUCCUCUUCCAGAAAUGCUUCCUUACAGAAAUCUGAAAUGGAGACCGAGCUAACCGGGUCUUUCAUUGAGUUGAGAAAGGCUCUCUUUCGGCUGAAUGUCAAGGAUGCCUCCUUGCUAUCCACGGCUCAGGCUCUCCUCCGUUGGCAUGAUGGUCAUCAGUUCUGCAGCAGAAGUGGGCAGCCCACCAAAAAGAAUGUGGCUGGCAGCAAGCGUGUAUGCCCUUCCAAUAAGAUCAUCUAUUAUCCACAGAUGGCUCCUGUGGUGAUCACCCUGGUGUCAGACGGGACUCGAUGCCUGCUUGCCCGCCAGAGUUCCUUUCCAAAGGGAAUGUAUUCUGCUUUAGCAGGUUUUUGUGACAUAGGUGAAAGUCUGGAAGAGGCUGUCCGGAGAGAAGUUGCAGAAGAGGUGGGAUUGGAGGUGGAAAGACUGCAGUAUUCUGCAUCCCAGCACUGGCCCUUUCCUAAUAGCUCACUCAUGAUUGCUUGUCAUGCAACUGUGAAACCAGGGCAGACAGAGAUCCAGGUGAACUUGAGCGAACUAGAAGCAGCUGCCUGGUUUAGUCAUGAUGAGGUGCUCACAGCCCUGAAGAGAAACCACCCAUACACUCAGCAACAGAAUGGGACUGUCCCAUUCUGGUUGCCCCCUAAGUUAGCCAUCGCCCAUCAACUGAUUAAGGAGUGGGUGGAAAAACCUAUCUGUUGUUCCCUGCCUGCUUAGCUCAGAUCAGGCCACCCAGAUCCCUCCUCAGUAUCCCGGGGGUGGGGCUGGAGGAUGGGCUUCUCAAAGGUCAGUUGAAAGGGGAAGGUGACAAAAGGCCAUAUCCAGCCAGCCUCAUAUCAAAGCAGAGAAGGUGAGCUUACAGCAAGACAGCUCUACCAGCAGUGUUAAUGAAAGAAGUUCCUACUCAUAGGCAAUAAAAAAUGCCAGAGUGA